AUGACCAAAUACCUCAAGACAUUCUGCUGUUGUUGUAUGUUUGAGCAGAAGCGUAUCAAUCCAGCCACAUUCGAUGAGCACAGUUUCCGCUAUUAUUCCUGUUUCGGUACCAUUCACGUGACUCACAAUCUCAUCAUCCUCUCAGCCCUCAAGACAAUCUUCCUCUUCUUCUUUCUUCUGGCAAAAGUGUUAAGCAAUGUGGCCCCACUGGGAAUACUGUCCGCCGUUUUUAUAUUCUCUACAGUAUGCAUCACAAAUCUUCUCAUUACCGCCGGUGUGCGAUUGAAGCGUUACAUCUUUCUCAUUCCCUAUUUCACGGUUUGCGUGCUCACCAUAUUCGCUCUCAUCCUCCAUUUGUUCAUCGAUUUUCUAGACACGGCCAACUCGAAAAACACCAUCGAAAUGGAGCAAAUUGUACAUAAUUCGAUAUUGCUUUUCCUCAUCUGUUUCGAAGUUUACAUGCUGACAAUCGUAUGGCGCUCAUUCGUUUAUAUUUGCGACUAUAACAUGCAGGUGGCGGUCGAGCGAAUCGAGCGCAAAAAGACCAUGGUGAAAGAAUCGAUCGACGUCGAGUACGAUCUCAUCAGAAAUCAAAUCAUCCAGGAGUAUUAUCGAACGAAUAAAGAAGAAUUCGUCUAG